GUAUCCGGAAGUGUGUGCAACGUUCACGGUUCGACUCAAAUCAACUGUUCAGCUGCUGAAAUGCUUCAGAGAUCAGUAAGAUGCCCACAAUGAUGAGCUUCAGCACUCUGUCACUGAGAGCACUGCUCCUUCUGGGGGUUUGGCACCCCGGAAGGAGAAGCUUCAUCUUAGCUGCUAGCUUUCAAGAGCCACCCAAGAAUAUAGCUGUGGUUGGAGCAGGCAUCGGUGGAACUGCAGCAGCGUAUUUCCUCAGGCAGGAGUUUGGACCCGCAGUCAAGAUCGAUGUGUUUGAGCCUGACGCCGUCGGAGGCCGACUUGCGACAGUCAAAAUUGGGGAGCACGAGUACGAGACGGGAGGCGCCGUGAUCCAUCCCCUAAACCUCCACAUGAAGCAUUUUAUUGAAAAACUAGGUAUUCCUCCAAGAAAAGAUCUCCCCUCUAAAAUGGCGAUCUUCGACGGAAAGGAGCUUGUGUUCGAAGAGAGUGAUUGGUUUUUUGUUAACUUCUUCCGCAUGCUGUGGCGGUAUGGGUUUGGUUUUCUUCGGAUGCAGAUGUGGGUGGAGAGUAUUUUGGACAAAUUCAUGAGAAUCUACCAGUAUCAGCAGUUUGGCUACUCGUUCUCCACUGUGGAGAGGCUCUUGCAUGCCAUGGGGGGUGACGGCUUUCUUACUCUAAUGAAUCAAACUCUGGAGGAGGCCAUGAUAGGAGAGGGGUUUUCUCAGGUCUUCAUCAAUGAUGUCAUUGCACCCAUCACUCGCGUCAACUACGGCCAAAGUGUUCGCGUCAAUGGCUUUGUGGGGGCCGUGUCUCUAGCAGGGGCAGAUUCAGGUCUGUGGGCAGUGGAUGGUGGCAAUAAGAGAGUGUGCACAGGACUGCUUUAUAACAGUAAAAGUGAGCUCAUCCCAGCCAGAGUGACGUCUAUUUCAGUAAAAGUUCGACCAUCCAAGAAAGGAAACACGAUCAGUCUCUAUGAGGUUAACUAUGUUGGGGAAUCGGGCUCGGCACACUCUCUGUAUGAUAUUGUAGUCAUAGCAACGCCACUUCAUCAGGGCAAAUCUGACAUUGUGUUCUCGGGGUUCUCCCCUCCCAUACCAUCUCACUACUCUGGUCUCUACCACCAAACAGUCACCACUAUGGUCCACGGCAAGCUGAACGUGUCCUACCUGGGUACCUCCGAGCCGGCCUCAGAGUUCACCGUGUCAGAUAUCCUCACCACGGACUCAAAAGGUUGCGCCAUCAACAGCCUAGGCUCUCUCGACCCCGUGCACAUCCCCGACAGCUAUAAACGACCGUCAGCCAGUCAUACCACAGUCUGGAAGGUGUUCUCCCCACGACCUCUGAGCCAGGAGCAGCUGCAGCAGAUGUUCCUCUCCUACAGUUCUAUGUCCGAGACUCCGUGGCUCGCCUACCCGGCUUACCGUCCGCCACACAGGAAGACCCCUCCCUUCAUCCUGCACGACCGGAUGUACUACCUCAACGCUGUAGAGUGGGCGGCCAGCGCCAUGGAGAUGAGCGCCAUCGCUGCCAGGAACGCGGCCCUCCUGGCACACCACCGCUGGCACGAGCAGGUCGGGAAGAUCGACCAGGAAGACCUACACACCCGACUGAGAGGAGAACUUUGAAAAAAAGAAAAAGGAUGCAGUCGGUACAAUCAAACCUACCUGUUUAAUUACCGAUGUUCUCGUUAAAGUAGUGCUUCUCUGAGGAGGUGAGGUGCUGCGUUCUCAGACUGAAGCAGAUUAUUUGCAGCAGUGCAACAAAAUUAAAUAUCACUGAGCUGAAUGGUUUAAACACUGUGAAUCGAGCUGCACUGAAGGGCAGACAUGCAAGUCUCCCUGUUUCUGUUAGUCACUUUUCUAUUUUACAAACACGGUUUGUCAAAUUUGCUUGAGUUUCUCCUUAGCUAAAUCUUUGCAUCUUUUUCUUUCAGCCUUUUCCCUCUUCAGGGGUUACCACAGCGAGUCAUCCUCCAUCUCUCUGUCCU